UCUUUUAUUAUCUGAAUGUUUUCCCCUACUAAAUCAAAUGCCUCAGAGAAAUCAAAGUCUAUUACAACUGCAUGGUUCCCUUGAUCAAGCAAACAUGUUUUCUCGUUACAGGAUGAAAUAGUGUUUAUUUAACAAGACCUCUUUUCCAUAUAUCAUAUUGUUGACUGGCAUUAAUUAUAUUCCUAGACCUUUUUUGAACAAAUACCAGACCAGCUUUUCCAAUGUUUCCUAACCAUGUCAUAUCAUUUUUUUACACUUUCCCUUUAUUUUUUUGAAUAUUUUAUGUUUAACACAGAACUGUCCUGUAUUUGCCUUUUUUUUUGUCUUUGUUGCUGCCUGAUUGCAUACUUCUACUUCUGAAUGAGAUGUGUGAUUGAUCUGUCAAUUCAUGACUCUGGUGUUUAUAACUACAAGGUUCUACUGUAGAUGCUGUUUAACAUCCUCCUUGACUGCUAAUGGACUGUAAAAUAUUCCAUCACCUCAUGUGAUAUGAGUACCUCAUACUCCUUCUUUCCAAAGACAGAAGAAAAAUAUUUCAUGAACACAUCUAUCUUUUCUACAACAUUAACAAGUUUCCUUCCUCCCUCUAGGAACUGGCACAAACCUUUUCUAGGAUUUCUUUUGUUCUUAAUAUACUUAAAUUACCUCCUUUUUGUGAUCCUUAGGCCUGCCAAGCAUGGAUUUACCCUGAUUUCUUUAACAUUCCUUAUCAAUUUUUAUAACUUCCAAUUUGUAUUACUUGAUAGCUAUAUUCAGUUUCCCCAUUUGUUAUAUAUUGCUAUCGCCUCCUUAAUUGCUGCCUUCACUUUGCCACUGAACUGGGCUUUGAGCCAAAAUCAUCCACAUUCUUGACUGUGGAAUUGUGGUUUUUCAGCUGCUAAUAAUGAAUAACUCCCAAUUUUAAUUCCCAUUUUUCUGUCUAAAUUUUUCUCCCCAACCAAUUUUGCUGAUAAUUUGCCUCUGCUUAGGGGAAUUAGCCGACUUGAAUCACUAAGUGUCUAUAGAUAUUACUGGUUAGCAGCUGUUCUCUGUUUCUCCAUUUGAAUGUAAUCAGUUGCAGUCUUUUAUUUUGUUCUCCUCCAUCUUAUGCUCCCUUCUUUCUCUCUUCUCUAAACUAAACAGUCCCAGAUGUGCAGGAAUUAUUGAUGCGUGAAACACCAUAAAAUAUGGAAUUGACAUUAGUAAGGUCAGUUGUUCAUAAUUCAUUUCUCUGAAUAAUGAAAAUGUCAUUUUUCAGUGUGUGAAGAGCGACCAAUCUGCUUCAUCCAUAAGAAUAGCGUCCAGUAGUGCAUGCAGUGUCUCAUAUUAACAUUGUCUCUCCAUCCAGGCAUUUGUACUGAGACCAUCACCCUAGACCCUGGGCACAUAUAUGGAGUCAGGGGAACAUACGGUACAUGCAGGAGAUACCGUUCUGCCUCAGAGUUGGACACCUUCUCCCCUACUCCAUGUCAGAUUCCAACACAACCGAUUUCACCAAUCCCUCCACCUUCAUCCUGCUGGGCAUUCCUGGCCUGGAAGCAGUCCAUGUCUGGAUUUCCAUCCUCUUCUGCACCAUAUACGUCAUAGCUGUCUUGGGGAACUCCACCAUCCUGUUCAUUGUGAAGAGGGAGCCGAACCUCCAUGGGCCCAUGUACUAUUUCCUCUGCAUGCUGGCCGUCACCGACCUGGGCCUGUCCAUGUCCACCCUGCCCAAAAUGCUGAGUAUCUUCUGGUUCAAUUCCAGGGAAAUCGAUUUCAGUGCCUGCCUCACCCAGAUGUACUUCAUUCACUGCUUCUUGGCAGCCAUGGCUUUGGAUCGCUACGUGGCCAUCUGCGAUCCCCUGAGACAUUCCACCAUCCUGACAAACACUGUGGUGGCUAAGAUUGGCCUGGCCGUGCUGCUGCGUGGUGGCAUGCUCAUACUGCCCUAUCCCUUCCUGGCCAGACAGUGGCCAUAUUGCAGAACCAACAUCAUCCCCCACAAGUACUGUGAGCACAUAGCCGUGGUGAAACUGGCCUGCACUGACAUCCAUGUCAGUAGUUACUAUGGCCUCUUUGUGGCAUUCUUGUUGACCGGUCUGGAUGUGUUUUUUAUUGCUGUGUUCUACACCCAGAUCCUCAGGGCCAUCUUCAGCCUCCCCAGAAAGGACGCCCAACUCAAGACUUUUGGGACCUGUGGCUCCCACCUCUGUGUUUUCUUAGCCUUUUACAUCCCAGCUCUCUUCUCCUUCUUCACACACCGGUUUGGCCCCAAUGUGCCCCUGUAUUUCCACAUUCUCAUGGCCAAUGUGUACCUUCUGGUGCCCCCCACGCUAAACCCCAUCAUCUACGGGGUGAGGACCAAACAGAUCCGGGGCCCCCUUCUCCACCUCUUCUCCCACAGCUCCACCCCCGUUGCUUGCUCUUUGGCUCCCCUCCCCCUGUCAUUCGAUGGACCAUCUCCAUGUUCCUCCCCUGAACCUGUGCUCCCUGUGCUCCAGGGAUGGGAUGGGAGCUGCUGCCGCCUGAUAAGCAGCCUUUCUGCUGGUAGGAGGCAAUCUGGUUGA